GGAAUACGUUGUGUAACGGUAAUGAAACUGUAUCAACAUGGCUACCUCAAGUGACGGAAAGGAAAAAGAGAAAACUUUGAAUAACAAAUCGACCAUAUGGGUUGGUAACUUGGACAGGCGACUGAGCGAAUAUAACCUCCUGAAAAUUCUUCAGCGGUUUGGAGAGAUCAAGAACUUUGACCUCCAUUUUCAUAAAUCUGGUGCAAGAGAGGGAGAGCCAUCUUACUGCUUUGUUGAGUUCAAAACCUUCCAGGAAGCAGAAAAUGCUCUGCUUGGAUUGAAUGGCAAACUAGCACUGUCCAAGCCUCUGACCGUAAACUGGGCAAGGAAAAAAACUGGAGAGGCUGGAAAGAAAGAGAAAGAUAAAGUUAUAGCAACCACUCCAGGCUCAUCACAAAGUUCACUAGAUAGCUGUGACUCCAAGAUACAAGCAAUUGAGGCCAAGCUCAAACUGAUGGAAAGUGGACAUGAAAAAGAACCAUCUGGCCAAGGAAAACAUCCUCUUCUAGUCCAGAGUGAGCAAUUAAGGUCUCACCCAUACAAGAAGCAAGAAAGACACCACAGAGGAAGAGGAAGACGUGCAAGAUGACAGUGAUCCCUUUUAGACUCUCCCUGUCUUGUUAAACUCUUUAACUCCAAAGAUAUGAUUGCUAAUUCUCCCAUCUAGCCACUGCACAUAUCCUUGUAAAUUAGUUACAAGAAUUUGGUGGUAUGUCAAGGUAACAACUUCCACUUAAUAAAUUUUAGUACUCUCAUCACCUGUUUGCAGGACAGUGUACGAAUAUUGUAGGAAUAAGUUACAUAUUAAUUACUUCUGGGAGUUAAAGGUUUAAUUCCAUGUGGCUGAGAAAUAGUUAAACUUUUAACUAUAGUGAAAUGUUUUGUAAAAUGUUGUACAGAGGUUAUUGGGAUCAUUUUUUUAAAAGUAUUUAACAGCUUCGAAAAAUAACUAGCUGACAUUACGGGAAUGAUGUGGAACAAGACACUG